AUGUUCAACAAUAACUGCACGACCACCAGCUCACCAGCUGUGUGCGCUCGAAAUGACAACAACGCGACUUCGCUGGCUGAUAACAUCAGCUUUUUUUUAAUCACACUACGUCGCAAACACACCGUUGUUCGCCAUUCGCAUGGUGGUGUGUCUUCUGGAGUCGAUAAGAACAUGCUGAGCCUCAAUCCGCGAACAGAAUCGCACACAAACUGUCUUAUAAUGGUCAUAUCGUGGCGAGGUCAACUGAAUGCUGUCGUGGAUAAAAUUCCGAAAGGUGAUAUCAAGAUCUACACGGGCGACUUAAACGCGAAGGUGGGCUCCGAUAAUUCAGACUAUGAGUGCGUCAUAGGACGUCAUGGCCUCGGAGAAAUGAGUGAAAACGGAGAGCUGCUUGCAGAGUUUUGUGGCGACAAUGACAUGGUGAUCGAGGGAUCGCUCUUCCCCCAUCGGCCAGUGAACAAAGUGACAUGGGUUUCCCGUGAUGGCUUCAUGGAAAAUCAAAUCGACCACAUCUGUAUCAGCCGCAAAUGGAGAAGAAGCCUCCUUGAUGUGCUUAACAAGCGUAGCGCCGAUGUAGCCAGGAGACGAUCGGGCGUUAACACACGUCGUCUGGAAGAUGCUGCGGUAAGAAGGUCCAUUGUCGAUGAGCUGGAGAACCAUGCUGCAGAAAUUCCCGAAGGUGGAAGUGUAGAAGAUCAAUGGACCACCAUCAAGAACGCCUUCAUCGCCACCGGCGAGAAUAAUCUGGGAGCCAAAGCCGCAUCCCGUCAGCGCUAUUCGGCUCUAGAGAAGGAAGUGAAACGCUCAUGUAGACGGGACAAAAGAGCGUGGGCAGACUCCCUAACCGACGAAGGUGAGAAAGCCGCAAACACUGGCGACAUCCGUCUCCUCUACGAUAUUUCACGCCACCUUAGUGGGACAAAGAUUAAUGCUACGAUGCCCGUGAAAGAUACGUCUGGACAGUUGUUAACCGACCGCGCUGACCAGCUGAAACGCUGGUUCGAACACUUUGAAAACCUUUUUCAAGUGUCGGCCACGCCACCAACAACUCGGCACGAUUCGCCAAGGGUUCGACGUAUUACCCGCGUCAACACCGAAGCUCCAUCAUUGCAAGAGAUAGAAACAGCCAUCCAGAGCAUGAAAUCGAACAGAGCCCCAGGGGUCGAUCGCAUAUCAGCAGAGAUGCUCAAAGCUGACCCCGUAGUAUCUGCACAACCGUUGCAUCAAUUAUUCUACAAUAUCUGGGACACCGCGACUUUUCCGGCCGACUGGAUGCAAGGCGUCUUAGUGAAGGUACUCAAAAAGGGUGACCUGACUGUAAGCGAUAAUUGGCGGGGCAUCAUGUUACUGUGUAUCGUUCUUAAAGUUCUCUGCAAAGUGAUCCUGAACCGGAUACAGGAGAAGAUUGACGCAACUUUCCGACGGCAGCAGGCAGGAGUCCGUGCCGGACGAUCCUGUGCGGAUCAUAUUGUCACGCUCCGUAUUAUCCUAGAGAAAGUCAAUGAAUUCCAAGAGUUUCUCUACUUAGUGUUCAUUGACUACGAAAAAGCUUUCGACCGAAUCACGAAAAUAUUACGAGGCAUUUUCGUGCAGAAUAUUGCACGAUGGCGUCUUGUACGACCCCAUCCGGGUCAAGUUAGGCAAGGAUGUAUUCUAUCACCGCUACUGUUCCUCAUCGGUAUCGACGAGAUCCUGAUAGGAGCGAUUGACCGUGAACCAAAUCGUGGGUUGCUGUGGCAACCUAUUAGUAUGGAGCAUCUGGAUGACUUCGAAUUGGCUGAUGACGUUGCUCUCCUAGCACAACGGCGCUCUGACAUGCAGAGUAAGCUUGAUGAUCUUGCCGAUCGCUCCUCAGCGGCAGGUCUCAAAAUCAACGUCAACAAGACCAAAUCGUUGGAUAUAAACAUGGUCAACCCUUCCAGCUUUACGGUAGCUGGGCAAGCAGUGGAGAAUGUCGAAUGCUUCCAAUAUCUUGGUAGCCAAAUGGCGUCUGAUGGAGGCACCAAGAUCGACACAGGAGCACGGAUCAAGAAGGCGAGGGCUGCUUUUGCGAGCUUUAGAAAUAUCUGGAAACACAAUCAGAUUAGUCGACGCACCGAAACCCGAAUAUUCAACUCGAACGUGAAAUCUGUACUACUAUAUGCCAGUGAAACCUGGUGCGAACCAUCGGCUGCAGAAGCCGAUAGCGACAGAAAUUCGGGAAAGAAAGUGGAGGUGGGUCGGCCAAACUCUGCGCAGGGACGGAAACGAAAUCUGCAAGCAAGCGUUAGACUGGAACCCAGCAGGACAUCGCAGCAGAGGCAGACCCACGGGCUCAUGGCGGCGCAGCUUCAACAAGGAACUAAAAGAAGUCGACGAAAGUUUGACCUGGCAGCAGGUCAAGGCGAUGACGGGCAUUCGCCCAGGAUGGCGAUCUUUCACAACGGCCCUUUGCACCACCAGGGGUGCGCAGGAAUAAAAGUAAAACGUUUCCUUCUCGUCGUCGGGACUACCAUCGUGAUGGCAGUGUACGCUGAUGAUGCUGUAGUUAAAGAAACGGCCUUUGAUCCUCAACUUACACAUUCUUGUGUUGAUCGGAGUCCAUCCAAACACGCGUUGACGCAUCCUACCCAGCACUAA